AUGGGGCGGUAUCGGCGGCAGACGGGUCACCUCCAAGGCACCUUUGAACCUCCAAGGAUUCAGCCCAGUCAAAGGCCUGGUCAGUUCGGCAUGUACUCGACGCAGCCCCAGUACAAUCAACUGUCGCAACCUCCGUUUUCGACCCCGGAACUGCAGCCGCAUUGGCAUUCUGGACAACCUCGCCCCUACGGCUUUGUUGUGGCCGAAUCUCACAAUACUCCAUCGACCACAGAUGCUCUCAGCCCCGUGAGUACCCGGUCUACGCUUUCUCGCGGUAGUGUGGCGACCCCGACAAGCACAAGCUAUACUGCAGCUCUGGGAUAUGCUUCGACGAUCUCUCAAGAUGCUGAUGGCACCCGCAGCCCAAGCGCCAGCCUGCCGACAUCCCAUCCGGCCGAAUAUGCCGGUAACCAACCCUUGAACCCAGCAGCGUUAGCUGCCGACCACAGGUGGGAAGCAGCCCGCGCGAUGACAGAUGCUGCAGUUGUGGGCGUCGACCCUCGCGCUUCCGUUGACGAGCUAUCUCAUUAUCCAGAUCCAGCCGGGCAACAGCGAUUCCCUGGCCAGAACCAACCGUGGAGUACACAGCUACUCCGUCAAGAAAAUCUAUGUUUCAAUAUGGGGCCAAGAUCUCCGGUGAUUCCCGUGCUACAUUAUCGCCACUCGCUCGCGAUUCGUGAAAGAGGCCGCGGUGGUCGGACGAGGCCCCUUAACCCGGUCCAGAGACAAGAGACUCGUGAUGUGCGGAAACGGGGCGCUUGUCUCCGGUGUGUGAUCAUGAAGGAAAAGUUGGAGCUGCACAUCGGAAUCCCUUUAGACGUUUUGGUUAUGGAGUUUUCGCCUCCAGAACCAGGUUGGGAGACGCGCUACGCAUUCGAAACAUCUUACGAUUGUAACGGAGAAAAGACGCUUGCCAGAUAUCAAAAUUGGAAUCCACCAAUCGUCAUGUGCAUUCGGGACGGCGGAUUCGACAGGACGGUAGCGCAAAUUCAAAGCAAACUAAUCGGGAUAUUUGACCAAGUAUUGAACGAUACCCAACGAUACGUUACGUGGACAGAGGAAUACUUUGAGGACGAGGAGGAAGCUUUCCAGUGCAAAAUUCUCCGCCUCAUCGGCGGAUACUACAGGGACGACAUAGCGGAACAUUCCAUCCUCAAGGAUUCCCUGCGGCUUUUGUGGUUCGAGUAUCUCCUUCUAAUCAGAUUCGUCGUUCCAGCCGGGGCCAUACCGGCUCUCGAAGACAAUCUCAGCUCAAAAGGACGAUUUGGUACUGGUCAGUAUGCGCACGUCAUACCAGAGACGAUCAACCGCUUUCUGAAGUCGACGCUUCUCCCGGGAGCCGAGAAAGCUGCGGAGAAGCUCCUGAAAAGUCUCCACGAUAUGAUGUUCAAGAUGGCUGUUAGCCAGAAAUCAUCCCAGAGUAGCAGGGAUUUGGUCUUGUGCAUGCUUUUCAUUUUGGUCAUAUACCUUGGCCGAGCCCAAUUUGGCAUCUUUAUGAUUCCCCAAAUGCCGGGGAUGAAGGAAGAAACGGGGUACUCCCAGGAACAAGCCGAGGCCAAGAUCGAAGAAAUGGAGCAAAGAGUGUGUGACUUCCUUUUGUCCUUCCACAAAUACGCCCUGAGCAGAACGUCUUCCAGGUCGCUGGCGGCACCUGGCGAGCCGGAUUCUCCUAGUGAGCGUCACGCCCGAGCAUUUGGGUUGGAGAACAAAUUGCGGCACGAGAUUGAGGAGCACGUGAGCGAGAAACCCGAGAGGCUGGAGCCGGGCGAGUUUGACAUGAAUACGAUCCGGUAUCUGAAUGUGCGGCGGUUAUGUUGGAAGGUGAUUGAGAACAUGAAAUAA